GAUUCAAAACCACCCCUCAACCCGAGAACAACCCACAAACAACAUCAUGGGAAACGAAACCUCUUCAUAUGCUCUCAACAACGACGAAAUCCCCAAAGAAAUUCUGGUUGCCUUCCAUGAAAGCCAUCGUUUCAACGACUCGGACUCAGAGUUCGACUCGGUGGAUCAGUUUGAAUUGAUCGCGGAGUGCCUCCUAGGAGGCAGGACUUCUGAUCCAGAAGAGAGCAAAAAUAAGUUGAAGCCCAAGAAGGUAGUGAAGAUAGAUUCCAAGAGCUCCAAAAAGACACCUAAAAAGCCAAUCAAGAGGUGCCUCACCGACGGAGCUGCUCAGAAUAGAAAACUGCAAAAUCUCUGGCAAGAAUGCAACAAGCGCCUCUCUGUAGCCAACAUCGGUGCUACUGGAGCCAAGGAGAGCAAGAGCAAAGAUAACAUCAUCAAGAAAGGAGAGUUUUCGGAUAGUUUCCGCCGCAGCGAGCACAGUUUGGAACCCCAACAGAUUGUGGAGCUGUUGGAGCUGUUUGCCACAAUGGAUAGCAAAUCCGGCAUGGAAUACUUCAAGUCCUUGAAGACUCACAAAUCAACCUCUCAGUAUCACAUGGGCAAGGAGGCCAACACCAAGGCUUCAAAGGCUGCCUAGGCACAGAAGAGGCUGCUUUUUUGCCUGAGAUUGAUACUGAAGUACACAUCCAUAGAUAGAGAAAUAGAACA